GACAGAAGUGUAAGUAGAGCGGUCUAAUUUUUAAAGUUGAAGCCUCUGGCAGGAUAUCAAAAAUCUGUAUGAGUUCUGCGCCACGCCGGCGCCCUGCGAAGUCCGGACCCCGGCUACUGUGUUGCCGUUCACCGAAGUUUGUUGGGUGCCACCACCUUGUAAUGGCCGGUAUAGCGGCAUUGGUAACCUUCCUCAGCAAUCUCAUCUCAGAAUCGUUUAUAUGAUACCUCUUUUGUCUGCUCUGCUAGCUACCUGGUUUGGAAAGCUCUCUGGCCGAACAAGAUGGGAUCCUCUAGGAAAGCAUUGCUAUAUCACCGGAGGCUCCUCAGGGCUUGGCUUGGCGUUAGCGAUCCGCCUUGUAAAGCUAGGCGCACAUGUAUCGAUCGUGGCCCGUAACGAAAAGCGACUGCAAGAAGCGCUCGAAAAAAUGGAGAAUGUCAGGCAGUCGCCGGACCAGAUUCUCGCGGCCUAUUCCUUCUCCGUUACAGCGUCGCAAUCUACUGCUGAUGCAUUGGACGCUGCAUCAGCACCGCAUGGUGGCAGAUGCCCGGAUGCACUAUUCCUUUGUGCCGGUGGGCCUUCUCCGAAAUUAUUUCUUGAACACGACGAAACUUCGAUGAAAAAGGGAAUGGACGACGCGUAUUGGGUACAAGCUCUGUCAGCUCUCGAAGGGACAAAACGAAUGGUCAAUGAGAAGAUUCAGGGCAAAAUUAUAUUCAUCUCUUCGUUCUUGGCGUUUAUGUCCAUCGUUGGCCAUUCGUCAUAUGCUUCCGGAAAGUUUGCUCUACGAGGUCUAGCGGAGACAUUGCGUUCCGAGUUCCUUCUAUAUGGAAUUACGGUCCACAUCUUCUUUCCCGGCAACAUGCUCACUCCAGGACUCGAAGCUGAAAACAAAACAAAGCCUAAAAUCACUCUGAAACUGGAAGAGACUGACACAGGUCAAACCGCUGAACAUACCGCGGAUGGGCUUCUUCAGGGCGUGUUUAGAGGUGACUUCCACAUAACGAAUGAUUUGCUGGGAAAUAUCUUCCGUUCUUCGACGAGAGGAGCGACGCCUCGGAAUAGCAUCGUUCUGGACGAGAUAUACAGUUUCUUUGGCUGGGUGGGACUCCCCGUCUGGCGUCGGAUCACAGACUCGACAGUGAGAGAUCAUCGAGAAGAACAUCGCACAUACUUAAUGGAGACUGGGUUUCUGGUGACAUCGAAUGGCUAAAAGAUGCCAAGAUGCACAUUCUUGAUGAACUCUGCUAUAUUGUUUGUUCCGAGAAGACUUCACUUCGAACGGCGCCUUUCAUACUUUCCUCUUCAGCGAUGCUACCGAUGGCUUUUCUUGUAUCAUUCUACAGCAGGUUACUCCGGCUUCGGUAGCGUAGAUAAACUUACUCAGCUUGGACCCCAGAUGAUAUAUCGGCUCGGAUCUGUAUACCCAUAUCUCCGAGUUACCUAUACGACCCUAUCGCGUAAUACUACCUACUUACCAUCUAUGUUUAUGCUGAUGCAUUAAUGACUUACGAAGGGAAUUCGACGCACUACAUAUC